AUGAGAAAAAAUCUUGCAUAUGAUUUUACUUACUGUGUUUCCACAUUGAACAUUGCAGGUAUAGCAAGUUCAGAUGACUUAGUGCUUUGGACUGAGGAUGUGAAGGAAAUUGCAAGUUGGUACCCGUCAUUGGAAGAUUCCCUAAAGAUUAAGCAACUGUUGGGUCUUAUUCCAGAUAGAUGGAAAUCCAUUUCAUAUACUACAGAAGGAAUAUCAACCUCAAGUCUAGAAAAUUUCCUUGAUUAUAUUGUUCAAAAAUUCGUUGAGUCAAAAAUGGAAGUUUUUCAGUAUUUAAAGGAUGCACCACAUGUUGGGCCUCUCAACUCUAUGGAACUGGAAAGUAUUCGUCAUGUUUUAGAAGAUAUGGCCUAUCUAUACUCACUAGAGUUUGCUCUUCUUGGGUUUUACCUUUUUUUGCCUUAUAAUAUCAAGAAUAUACUUGGUAAUGCUGAAACACCAGACCUCGAAUGGAUAUUAUCCGAACUAGAUAAAGAAAUUAAAGAAAUCAGGAUUAGAGAAGAGUGCCAAAUUGUACAAAGUUUUAACUCUAAUGCUAAAAGGACUAAGAGAAGUAAACAUAGUAACCGUCAAAAAUACAAGUAG